CUGUGGUUUGUGGGUGUAGACUGUAGAUGUUUAAUCAAUUUUUCAAUGGCGGUGUUGGGUAUAAUUUUAAUUUCUAAUAUACAGCUAUCUAAAUAAGAAUUAUUCAUUCAAAAUGAUAGCUUUAACUUUUGAAGUGUAAUUGGAAUACAAAUACCUGAUACUUAAGUGUAAACAUAUUCUGGACAAAAAUAUUAUUCGACUAGAUCAUCAGAUAAAGUACCAAAAAUGUCGGGCGAUCACAAAACUUUGAUAAAAGGAAGCCCUUCCCAGUAUGUUAAGUUAAAUGUGGGUGGUACAUUGUUCUACACAACCAUUGGAACUUUAACGAAAAGUGACAACAUGUUAAGAACCAUGUUUAGCGGUAGAAUGGAGGUGCUCACAGAUUCUGAGGGUUGGAUACUGAUCGACCGGUGCGGAAAGCAUUUUGGAACGAUUCUGAACUAUCUCCGUGAUGGAACAGUGGCACUACCAGACAGUUACCGCGAAAUUAUGGAAUUGUUAGCAGAGGCUAAAUAUUUCUUAAUUGAGGAAUUAACAGAAUCGUGUCAACAAGCACUCAGUAAGAAAGAAAGGGAGGCUGAACCAAUAUGCAGGGUUCCAUUGAUUACUUCUCACAAAGAAGAACAACUUCUUAUUAUGUCAACUUCGAAGCCUGUUGUUAAAUUACUUAUCAAUAGACAUAACAACAAGUAUUCCUAUACGAGCACCUCUGAUGACAAUUUGCUUAAAAAUAUUGAGUUGUUUGAUAAGUUGUCACUGAGAUUUAGCGGAAGAGUAUUAUUUAUUAAAGAUGUGAUUGGCUCUAAUGAAAUCUGCUGUUGGACAUUUUUUGGACAUGGAAAGAAAUGUGCGGAAGUAUGUUGUACUUCCAUUGUUUAUGCAACUGAUAAAAAGCAUACUAAGGUUGAAUUUCCAGAAGCCAGAAUAUAUGAAGAAACAUUGGGUAUUUUGUUAUAUGAAAGCAGAAAUGGUCCUGAUCAGGAUUUAAUACAAGCUACUUCAUCUCGUGGUGCUGUUGGAGGGCUUUCAUGCACAAGCGAUGAGGAGGAAGAGCGUUCUGGUUUGGCCCGUCUCAGGUCUAACAAGCAGAACAAUCAAUCUUAGCGGUUACAAUCAGGCUUAGCUCGCCUGAGAAGUUCUAAACGGACUAAUGUUUGAUAUAAUGCCAGUUUUUAUCUACCGUUUUGCUGGCUACCAUGCUUUGGUAUCUAAAACUUGACUGAACUCUUUGACUUUCUGUGAGCUCCUGGACUAGUGACAAAUAUGAAGUGAAGCAUUUAUUUGAGAUUUGCAAAUUUUAUGAAUCGUUGUGCGGGGUCUAUACAUAAUGUGCUAUGUAUAAUCUUAGUAUAGAUGUACAUAUAUAAACGGAACAAUGUUGUAUUGCUGUAGUUCAAACAGAUACAUGACAUGUAAACUAUAUCAUUCAUUAGUAUUUAAUAUCUAUUCUUGCCCAUUUUGUGGAUACUUCAAAUCUAUGACAGUAUUAAAUUUUUGACUUGAUAGUAUCUUAAUUAGUUUUCAUAGUGUGGGUUUGCAUCGUCAUCCUAAAUAUAGCAGUAAAGUUUGGUGAUGUCAAACUUUAAGUUGUUGAGAUGUUAUAAGUGUGAAGAUGCAAGUGCCAUGUUUUCCUGUCUAGUAACUAGAUCUUAUGAGAUGAGAUAUUUGAAUGUUAGUAGAUGUUUAUUAUAAAGAUGUGAAUGAAGUACAGAAUGUAAAAAUAAAUUAGAGAAACAAUGAAAUAUUAUGAUAUUUUACAUUAUAAUCAUAGCUCAAAUAAAUUGCCAAAUCAGUGUUGUCAUAUUUAGUCUUUCUUCAGGUGUAAGCUCUUUUCUUAUUCUUAAUAGUAUACUAAGUGGAAUAAUAUAGAAGUCUUGUAUAGGUGUCUGUAAUUCUUAGUCAUCAAGCAUUUGAAAAUUUAUAAUUAUAAAUGAAUAAAUAAACAUAAAAUGAUGUUAGAAGAGAGAAUAAAAGAUUUGUAUGGAAUGUAGAGAUGAAUUGUACUAUGAACUCAUGUAAAAUUGUUGUAAAGUGUAUGAAAUAUAAAUUGCGAUUACAUUAUGCAUGUUUUUGGACAUUAGUAAUAACGUGAAUGUGCAUGUGGUAUUGAAAAUAGUAAUAUCAGUAGUUAAUUCAGAAUUAGAUAAUCUUUAUGAUACUAGUCUGAUAUUUAUUAUUCCAGUUCCAUUUAUAGGACAUUUAAUAUGCCAUUUGUGUUAUUUUUGAGGCUAUUUAUUGGUUCCUUUUUCCAUAAAUGUGUAUGGAAAAUUAUUGUUAUGAAGGCUAAGUAUAUAUAUUUUUAUUGGAUCAAGGAUGUUUAUAAUGCACUCUAAAAAUAACUAAUUUAUUUCAAGGUUUAUAAUGUACUCAUGCAUGACUUAGCCUCAUUGUUAUUUUUAUUUCAAAAUUUGUAUGAUUUUUUUACAGUAAGAAAUUUCAAUAUUAUUCUUAUCACAUAAUAAAAUGUUUAACUGUUAAUAUAUUCACUCACUGUUUAGCUGUC